AAAAAAUGACGAAAAACACCAGUCAUUUUAAAUGAUCAUUUUAAAAUGAUCAUUUAAACAUGUUUGAAGUUUAUCAUUUUAAAAUGAUGAACUUCUGCAUAGAAAUUGCUAGACGGAAUUGUUUUACUAUGACGCCAUUGAGUUUUUUGAGUAUAUUUCAGUUAUUCUGUAUAAACAGAAGGAGUAUAGAAGAUAGUAAACAUUUUCAAUUUUUUUCGAGUACAAAUUUAUUAUAUUACAAGAAUAAUUUUCAAGAUGGGAACUAAAGCGCAGAAAACGGAAUCAACUGAGAAUUUUAUAAGUGCAUGGAAAGAAGAAGAAAGUCUGUGGAACGUAACUUUGACAGUUUAUAAAAACAAAGAUGCAAAGGCUAAAAGUACUAGAAUUUUGAUGGGAAAAUGCACCAUGGAAGAGGGUGAUGUGAAAAGAAAGAUAAAUACUCUACGAAGUUAUUAUUCAAAAGAACUCCAAAAAUCAAUACCAAAAAGUGGAGCGGGUAGAGAUGAAAUUUACGAGUCAAAGUGGCCUCAUUUUCAAUCUAUGGCAUUUUUACGGGACACAAUCAUUCCAAGAAAAACAACAUCCUCUCUGGCAAGUGUAUUUUUAUUUGCUUUUUAUAAUAUACUUAUCUAA